UCCUGAUGUAACCGACCAAGUUUUCAAGAGCCAUUAUCGAACAUUUGGUUUUGCACCGUGGCCAUCAGCAACAUGUUGAGGAACGUCUUCGUUAGCUUGGUGCUCAUUCAGCUUUCAACUGGGAUAAUCAUCCAACUGCCCGAUGGUCAAGUGGAAGGUACGACGGAUUCCACCCGAAACGGCGUCACAUAUCACAGUUUCUUCGCCUUGAGGUAUGCGCAGCCUCCAGUCGGCGCUUUGCGCUUCAAGCCAUCAAAAAUAGUCGAGUCUUGGGACGGAAUCUACGAUGGGACUGUUGAGAAGAACGUCUGCUAUCAAGUGUAUGAGAACAGCUACAAGGAGAAUGAGGACUGCCUCUUUGCCAACGUCUACACGCCAGUGGAUUUGAGCAACUCAUUUGCUUCGGAGCUGGCUGUUAUGGUCUGGAUACAUGGCGGCGGGUUUAUAUCGGGGGCUGCUUACCAACCGGAAGGCGGCGUGGGGCCGAAGUUCUUCAUGGAUGCUAAUGUGGUCUUUGUUGCCAUCAACUAUAGGUUGGGGCCUUUUGGUUUUAUGUCAAGUGGCGACGAAAUCUUGCCGGGCAACUUGGGCUUGAAGGACCAACAGCUGGCGUUGAAAUGGGUGAAGCAAAAUAUCGUCUAUUUUGGAGGAGACCCGGAGAAAGUGACCAUUUUCGGACAAAGCGCCGGCUCCGCCUCUGUUUCCUACCAGCUGCUCAGCCCCUCUUCUAACGGCCUAUUCAGGGCAGCCAUCAUGGAAAGCGGCUCCGCCCUCUCUCCAUGGGCCUACCAGAGGAACCAGACGGAAAUCACUUAUCGAACAGCGCAGUUAAUUGACCCAAGUUUCACCAGCGGAGACUCCAGUGAGCUUCUGGAGUUUCUACAAAGCGUGCCUGCGGCCGCCAUCGAUAACGCCUCUCUGGCAUUGUCCAGCUCAAUUGAGUCUCCUGCAGAUUAUCAGAUUUCCAAGGGAUUUUUCUACGGCCCUGUGGUGGAAGCGCCUAAUGAACACUCCUUUUUAACCGAGCUUCAGUAUGGGCUUUUUGAAGCAGGCGAUUACAAUCAGGUGCCGGCUUUUAUCGGCAUGACCAAUGAGGAGUCGCUAGGACUUUUGGCCAAUGGCGAUUUGUCCGUCCUGUGGAACGCCUACGAUGCACAACCCAGCAUCUUAGUCCCUUUUGACCUGCAUGUUACUGAUCCCACCCUGAAGCAGACCAUCGGGUCGGAGAUUCGCAACUUCUUUACUGAGGACAGCGGGUUUAACAACAACGACGCCACGGGGAUUAAGUAUCACAGUGUGCAUGAUUUCGAUAAGGCUCACAUCAAGCAGGCUGAGUUGAUGUCCAGCCACAGCACUGUGUGGUUUUACCAGUUUUCCUACAGCGGCCUAAUGGGCGAUCCCAAGUACAAUGUCCCUGGCUGUGGGAACGUUACACAUGCUGAAGAAGUGAAUUACUUCUUCAGCAAAUGGUACAGCGACGCCAUCCCGGACAAUACUGAUAUGUCCUAUUUUCCGGAAUCCGACCAGAAGGUCCACAACCGCAUCAUGGCGCUGUGGACUGACUUUGCUAAGCAUCUAAACCCCACUCCCGCUGGAGUGGAUGAGGAGAUUUUCCAAUACAUCACUUGGGAGCCAGUGGAACCUGACGAGUUUAAAUACCUAGACAUUGGGGAGGACUUGGAGGUGACCUACGGGUAUCCCAAGUCGGAAAAGUACAUUUUUUGGAAUGAUUUGUACCAGAAGUACGCCGUCCCACCUUAUGACACGUUCUAAAAUAAAGCGAGAAUGUGGACGGACAAAUCUGGAAAUAAACUAUUAAUUAAAA